AUUUUAAGAAAAUGCGUGAUCAAGUCCGGGAUCACGCGUCCCGUUUAUAUCGUCGGGCCAGACAACUUGCCACAAGAUUAUUCACCAAAAGCGACAGUUCAGAGCCUACCGAAGCCGAUCGUUACGGUACACCGUCGUCGAUGACCAACAAUACGAUGGCCACCAAUAAUAUGACCUUAAAUAAUAAACAACUGACAACAACUACCACUACUACUACUACUACACCAUUACAUAAAGUAAUUAUGGUGGGCAGUGGCGGUGUCGGCAAAUCGGCCCUAACAUUACAGUUCAUGUAUGACGAGUUUGUCGAAGACUAUGAGCCAACUAAAGCCGAUUCCUAUCGGAAAAAGGUUAUCCUCGACAACGAAGAGGUACAGAUCGAUAUACUGGACACUGCCGGCCAAGAGGACUACGCGGCCAUUCGGGACAACUAUUUCCGAUCGGGCGAAGGAUUUCUAUGUGUUUUCUCAAUCACUGAACACGAAAGCUUUGGUUCGGUCAAUGAGUUCAGAGAGCAAAUAUUGCGCGUGAAAGGCGAUGAUAACGUGCCGUUUAUUUUGGUCGGCAAUAAAGCAGACUUAGAUGAAAGACGGCGCGUGAGUGUCGAUGAGGCACACCGUUUGGCCAACGGAUGGAAAGUGCCAUACAUUGAGACGUCGGCCAAAACAAGGCUCAAUGUUGACCGGGUAUUUUUUGAUUUGAUGCGCGAAAUUCAAAAACAAAAACUAUCGGACAAAGAGACGAGUAAUGGACCGAAAAAAGCUAAAAACAAAAAAAGAAAGUGUAUUAUACUUUAGUAUAGAUUUUACUGGAUAUCAACAACAACUAUAA